GUGGUCUUUUGGUCGUCUUUUAAACGUUGUAAAGUGUAGUCGUUAGUGUAGGUACAUGAUUGCAUGUUUGCAUAAAUAAGUACACUUGUGACCUUUAAUAUUCUUGUAUAUUGUAUAUAUAUGUACAUACACUCUUUAUAUACGUUUAAGUAAAACCUACAUACACAUACAAUGUUCACCAUCACAGCUGGCUCAUUAAAUUGGUAUCUCAAAUACUUUGGAUUGCCUUUAUCAAUUAUUUUUACUAUGUUCCGUUUGUGUACCAUAAAUAGAAAUGAUAAAAGACGUAAUGCUUUACAAGGAAAGGUUGUGGUUGUGACUGGUGCAAGUUCAGGAAUAGGGGAAGCCCUAGCACAUAUUUUGUACGAAAAUGGUUGUAAAGUAAUAUUGGCAUCAAGGAGAAUAGAUGAAUUAAAUAGAGUAAAGGAAGAACUGUUAUCCAAAAAAAUUACUUUGCCAACCGAGGAACCUAUUGCAAUUGAAUUAGAUUUGUCAAAUCUUGACCAGUUAGAGCCAUUUAUUGGAAAAAUUUAUGAGACUUGUGGGAAAAUUGAUAUUUUAAUUAAUAAUGGUGGAGUAUCUCAUCGUGGUUCGAUUCUUCAUACAAAGUUGGAUGUGGAUAAAAAAAUCAUGUUAACAAACUAUUUAGGAUCUGUAGGAUUGACAAAAGCUGUUUUACCAAAAAUGGUUGAAAGAAAAAGUGGUCACAUUGUAUUUAUCAGCUCAGUCCAAGGAUUAAUAGCCAUACCUGACCGGUCGGCAUAUGCUGCAUCAAAACAUGCUCUACAGGCUUUUGGGGAUAGUUUGCGAGCUGAAAUGAAUCAACACAAUAUUAAUGUAUCAGUAGUCAGCCCUGGAUAUGUUAAGACAGCUGUUUCAUUAAAUGCCUUAACUGGUAGUGGAGAGGCUCAUGCAGUAAUGGAUAAAAGUACUGCUGCAGGUUUUUCAGCCGAAUAUGUUGCAUUACAGAUUGCAAAUAUGCUUGUAAACAAAGAUAAAGAAUUAAUUAUAAGCCAAUUUAUUCCAAGAUUAGCUAUAACCAUAAGGCAUACAAUUCCAUGUCUAUAUUUUUGGUUAAUGGCAAGAAGAGCUAUAAAAACCACUUAAAUCCUACAACUUGGGGUCGCAUUUAAUCUCGUAUGGGCCGAAAGGGGAGAGGGCAUUGAAUCACGAAAUAUAAGGCGGAUAGGGAGGGCUGAAAUAAGAUAUCGCAUGUAUUUUAGUAGAUCCAAACUUCACCCAUUUGCUUAAC